AUGCCUCCGAAUACUUCCGCAGCCACAAUUCGAAUGCGUCUUGCCUUCCUUUUCCUUUCCAUCACCUGGCUGGCUCUUGCCGGUCUCAAUUCGGCCACUGUACGCUUUGCGGUCAUCCUACGAGACCGCGCAAAAUCCGACCUCGCCACCUCAAGCAACUCUAUUUUGGAUAUCACAUUCCAAAACCUCAUGGACAACGUCGUCGUGGGCAUGGUGAUUGUAGCCCUCAUUUCAGCCCUGUUUUCCAUCUUCCGGAUCGUCCUUGCGAUCCACCCAAGAUGCCUGCGAGAAGACCGCAAGUAUCGACUUUACUACGUCUGCACUCAACUCGUCGUCAGCUUUGUCGUUCUAUCCUUGGGGGGUUAUGUUGCCAGCAAGGUCCAUGGCUUUCAGACAUCAUUUGAGUUAUUUGGCAAUGAGGAAAAUUUUCCAUACUUAAGACUAUGUAUUAUGGAGCCGUUGGCCAGGCGGCUUUCGGGGGUUUAG